CGACGUUCUCUGGGCCGUCCCCUGGGAUCAAAGACCUGUUCCUAGUCUUGACUCGCAAGUUUCUACAGCCGCGGUCUACUCAUCUUUCGUCCGAAAUGGCAUACCCGGAGGCGAAAUAUCGUCUCUUAGACGACACUACUAUCGAGAAUGGGUCUUGUCACGAAGACCGCACUGAAGUGAAUUCCCAGAUACCCAUCAGCGCACCUUCUUCUCUCUCGAAGCUCAUUUGCCUCGUUUUGAUUCCCUCAAUUGCCCUCAACGUCUUCGUUUUCUGGACUAGUUAUAUGGCGAGGUCGGAGAGGAGUCUAUGCAUAUCAGAGUAUACCGGCCUCGGUCUCACAGUUGAGGAUGCCUACUGGCAGCACACUGAGUAUCUGAGCGAAAACGGUUCCACAUCAGACCAGCUAUGGGAGGCCAUCGACACAAGCCCUAAUACAAUUGCUCUCGAUAAAGACUAUGUCAAGAAACACGGCCUGGGCCCGUCCAUACCAUUCCCCUGGGAUCAGUCAAAGGGACUCUAUCUCAUCAAAGCAUUCCACCAUAUGCAUUGCCUUAAAAACAUACGAAGAGCAUAUCUUGAUGCUUUAGGCGCGCAUCCCAGCGAAGCACAGCUUAUACCCCGGGAGCAUGUGCUUCACUGCCUCGACACUAUUCGGCAGGAUAUCAAGUGUCGCCCGGAUGAUACGCCCAUGCCUUCUAUCCAGCAACUUCACAAGUGGGGAGACGGGCAAGUACGGAAAUGCAAGGACUGGGACGCAUUGGUUGAGUGGACUCGAGACCCGCGUAGGCAUGCUUGUUUUAAGAUGCUUAGUGAUUAUCGACGUGUUCCACACAGCUUGGAGCAAUUCGCCUUUUGCUUGGAAGGAAGCCCCUACACUCAUAUCAUGGAAGCAUACUUUUCAGAGCAUGGGCACAAGGACCCGUUCGCGGAGGACUCAGAGAAGGGAAAACAGCCACUUGUAAGCGGGAGUGAAACGUACUGAAUAUGGCGGACUUUUCAUACCCAAAUUCGUCUGGUAGCAUAAUGAGGCUUUCGC